AUGGCUCCCCGAAAGAAUGUGCAGUCGUCCUCGGCCGAGCUCUCGCUCGUACAUCUGAAAAACUGCCUCGUCAACCUGCCUUCGUCUCUCGUCUCGCUGCUCCUCAACGUAAAUACGCCCGUCCAGAAUGUCGUCAUCGAGCUCAGCUACCGACCACCACCCGCAAGCGGGCAGUCGGGAUCUGCUGCCGCCCCGCGAUCCGUCUUCGUCGGGUGGACUGGCUUGCCGAGCAAGCGAAGACCUCCCCCCCCGGUGAAUCGUGACGGCCUCGCCGGCUCGAGAGGUUCGUCUCGAGAUCAAGAGGUUCAGAUUGUCGAGAUUGAUGCAACGCUCGCGGGCACGCUCGAGCUCUUCGACGGCCAGAAGGUCACCGCCACGGUUCACGUCGAUCCACCCAUCGCCCACACAAUCAACAUUGAGCCUCUUACUCCCGAAGACUGGGAGAUGAUCGAGCUGCACGCGACCUUUCUCGAGUUAAACUUGCAGUCGCAAAUCCGAGCGCUUCCGAAUCCCACAUACAUGUCAAGCGACAACACGCCCGUGCCUCCCCAUCCAUUGACUCUCCACCUUUCGCCAACGUCAGCUGCCAGCAUCAGGAUCGUGUCGCUGAGUCCUGCGCCGCCAGAAAAUACGGCAUUCAUGAAGCUUUCGCCCAAUGCCGAGGUCAUUGUCGCCCCGAAGACGAGGCCCAAGACGUCCCAGAGUACGGGGGACCACCGCAGCGUCGCGAGCACGUCAAAGUCCCGACGCAGCGGAACGAGCACCGUCAGGAAACGCAGUGCAAGAGAGGAGCCGAGACCGACCUUGUUCCUCCGGGCCAUGGACAGGACUGCCUGCAACGACUGGUUCGACGAAGGCCCGGUCUGCACCGACCUCAGCGUUUGGGUCGAUCGUGAUCUUCUGUUCACCAACUCCUUCCGGGGCAUAAAGCACGUUGUCGUCGAGGUCAUCAAUCCUGCAGCCCUGCAAAAUCCUGUUCCCGAGGGUGGCCAGACUCCAGCGACGACGCUCGCCUCCUCCAAGGUUGUUGCUUUCUUGAAGCCGUGGGACGAUCCGCCCACGGCCCAGACUGCUGCCCUGUCAUGCUCUCUCUGUAACGCGUUGGGAUGUGUCGGCAUCGUCGGUGGAGUUGUCAAAAUCCAAACCGCUCCCGCCGAACUGCAGCCUGGAAACCUGUUCGCCAUCAAGGUCUUCCCCUUUGCCGCCGGCCCGAAGGCGAGCGAGGGACUACGCUUUGGCAGCGAGACGAAGGCGGAAAAGGAGGAAUCCGCCAAAAGAUUCAGGCAUAUGUACUCCGGCAUCAAGGGUGCCGGCGGCUUGCUCCAAGGGCCGCUCACCGAUGGCAUAGUUGUAGGCCUUCAUGACGGACUCGAGGCUCCGUUAGGGUGGGAGGGUGGCAUCGUACGCUUCGAUUACAGCCCAGAUUUUACACCGGCCGAGAAGGGAAAGGACGAUACCCUAUGGAUGGCCAACCUUGAUCCAAAGAUAUCAAUCGAGUUUCAGCAACCGCAACCUCGACCGUCAUGGAUGGCCGAACCUGACCUCUUCGAGCUCCAGGCCACCCACGACUCCUUGCUGGUCGGCAUCGAUUCGCUUCUCUCCAAUCUGCAGUCUCACCUGGCUCACAUGUCUUCCGUUCUGCUGACGGGCUCCAUGGGGUCGGGGAAGACGUCGGUGGCAAAGCACAUGGCCGAGACGCUGAGGCGCGAGCACCUGUUCUACACCGUCUACUUUCCCUGUCGGAAGUUGGUCAAGGAUGAGACGAGGAUUUCCACCAUCAAGGAAACUCUGAACCGCAUCUUCAUGUCGGCCAGCUGGGGGGCCCGGCUUGGCGGCAAGGCUCUCGUCAUCCUCGAUGAUCUCGACAGGCUGUGUCCGAUCGAGACAGAGCUGCAGGUGGGAAACGACAAUGGCCGAAGUCGGCAGAUCAGCGAAACGGUUCGGUCGGUGGUGCGGCAGUUCUGCAAGAGGGGCAGCAAUGUCGUCCUACUCGCAACGGCUGAAGGGAAAGACUCGAUGAACAACGUCGUCAUCAGCGGCCACGUCAUUCGAGAAAUUGUCGAGCUUAAGGCGCCAGACAAGGAGGCGAGGCGGAGAGUCAUGGAGUCAAUCGCCAAUCAAGACGCUGUCGAUGCAGGAGACGUCGAUGAGCGGGCGAGCGAAAACAGCAGACCGCCGACUUCGGACGGGAGCGCCAUCGAUGCCAGCGAUGCCUGGAUGCACGGUUCGGAUCAACAGCUCCCCAAAGCUGGCACCGCCGGUUUUGUCCUAGAAUCGGGUCUCGACUUUCUAGACAUUGCAGGACUAACCGACGGUUACAUGCCAGGCGACCUUGCCGUGCUGGUAUCGCGCGCCAGGAACGAGGCCAUCAUGCGCUCGAUCAGCGACGCUCCCCUCGGCUCCAGCGCCGGCUCCGUACACCUCGGUCGACAAGACUUUGACAAGGCGCUGGAAGGAUUCACGCCAGCGUCACUUCGAAACGUGGCGCUUCAGAGCUCGACGGUGACGUUCAAGUCGAUCGGAGGAUUGCAGGAAACGCGAAAGGUUCUCCUGGAGACGCUCGAGUACCCGACGAAAUACGCGCCGAUCUUUGCUCAGUGCCCACUUCGGCUGCGAUCAGGGUUGCUUCUGUACGGCUUCCCCGGCUGCGGCAAGACGCUGCUCGCCAGCGCAGUUGCCGGCGAAUGUGGCCUGAACUUCAUCAGCGUCAAGGGACCAGAAAUCCUCAACAAGUACAUCGGUGCUUCCGAGAAGAGCGUCAGGGACCUCUUCGAUCGGGCGCAGUCGGCGAGGCCCUGCGUCCUGUUCUUCGACGAAUUCGACUCGAUCGCACCGAAGAGAGGACACGACUCCACCGGCGUCACGGACCGCGUCGUGAACCAGCUCCUGACGCAGAUGGACGGCGCCGAAGGACUUUCCGGCGUCUAUGUCCUGGCGGCGACGUCGCGUCCAGAUCUCAUCGACCCGGCGCUUCUCCGGCCCGGUCGGCUGGACAAAUCCCUGCUCUGCGACAUGCCGUCGAUGGAGGACCGGCUGGACAUACUGAGGACCCUUUUCCAGAAGGUCCGGCUAUCGGAUGAACUGACGGACUCGGACGACGCCUGGAUCGACAUUGCGCGUCGGACCGAGGGAUUCUCUGGGGCCGACCUCCAAGGCCUCGUGUCCAACGCUCAGCUGGAGGCAAUCCACGACGUUCUGGACGUGAAGGCUGCACCAGGCUCGUCCGGACAAGGAAUCAGCAGGGAGGCCAGCGCCCGCAACUCGACACCUAGCUUCGUCCAGUUUCGCUACGGCGCCGAGCCGUCGGCCGCGAGCAGGAGCGCGGCCGCCGCGAGCAAGUCGGUGACGUUGAUGGAGAAGGCGGCAAUCAUGGCAAAGCUGGAGCAGAUCAAACUCGGGCGCAAAAGGGCGAGGCACGCACACGAAGACAAGGACCCGACGACGGGCGAAUCCGAGGGCAAGGACGCGUCGGAACACCGAGAAGUCGUCAUUGGCUUGUCGCACCUGGUCAAGGCUCUUGCCAACACGAGGGCCAGCAUCAGCGCCGAGGAGAAGGCGAGGUUGCAGAGGAUUUACAAAGAGUUUGUCGUCGGGAGGAGCGGUCAGAUGAAAGACGGACAGGGGAGCAUGGAGAUUGGCGGGAGGAGCAGCUUGAUGUAG